CGUGCUUGACUGUCUAUUAGACGAUCUACUCCCCCUGACUUGAUUGGUGGAGCCUGGGAGGUCAAAGUUAAAGCGGAACUGAAGCAAGAGCCAAACUUUUCUGGUUUAUACGAAUGUGAUAAGGCACUAGCUGCUGUUGUUAUGUUAUUCAAGUCACUAGUUGGGAGUGCCUGCACUCUGCUUGGAGCUGCCACAGCCUUCAAAUUCGCACCUGUGGAAGUCAAGGCCCAAGCAGCUGCUCUCCUUCACAGCGCGGUGAGGAAAUCUUCUGUGGUGGAACAAGCAAGCAUGAAGAUUGAACUUCUCCCAGCACUCAGUGAUAACUACAUGUACCUCCUGAUUGAUGAGGACUCCAGAGAAGCAGCUAUAGUUGACCCUGUAGAGCCUAUAAAGGUUGUGGAAGCUGUCAGAAAGCAUGGCGUAAAACUCACAACAGUUCUGACUACUCAUCACCACUGGGAUCAUGCCAGUGGAAAUGAGAAGAUGGUAAGGCUAAUGCCAGGACUGAAGGUCUAUGGAGGGGAUGACAGAGUUGAUGCUCUUACAAAGAAAGUCUCUCAUUCCUCAACCUUCAAACUUGGAUCGCUUAAUGUCAAAUGCCUGUUUACACCAUGUCACACAACUGGUCACAUCUGCUACUUUGUGACAAAAGAAAACAGCACUGAGCCACCUGCUGUUUUCACAGGGGACACGCUGUUUGUGGCAGGUUGUGGUAAAUUCUUCGAGGGAACAGCAGAGCAAAUGUACAAAGCCCUGAUAGAAAUUCUGGGCCGCCUGCCGCCUGAAACACGUGUUUACUGUGGUCAUGAGUACACCGUCAGUAAUCUGAAAUUUGCACGUCAUGUGGAGCCAGACAAUGAAGUUGUUCAGAAGAAGCUAGCAUGGGCAAAGGAGAAAUGCAGCAAUGGAGAACCCACCAUCCCUUCCACUUUGGCCGAUGAAUUUACAUUUAACCCCUUCAUGAGAGUAAAAGAGAAGUCCGUGCAAGACCACGUAAAUCAGUCCAGUCCGAUUGAAACCAUGAGAAGUCUUCGGAAAGAAAAAGAUGGUUUCCGGGUGCCGAAGGAGUGACGUCCAAUCCACUCAUGCUGAAUGUUUCUGAACAGUUGCUUACGACAAUGCAAGCUGUCAGUCGCAUACUACAGAAAAUAUUUGCAAUUCAUCUUCAAAGCUACUUUAAAUGUCAAGUGAUCUACUACCUUCAUACUGCAUUCAGACUCAAUUGAAGCACACAUUGAGAUAUUCAGUUCUAAUAUCGCUAUAAACUCAUCCGUCAUUAUUUAGUGUAUUUGGUUUGUUUGGAUGAUGUGGUUGUUUCAGUUUUAAGGAAUAUAAGGCCAUUAAUCAAAUGCUUUAAAUGAGAAAUGCGUUUGUUAAUCUAUAAGUGAGAGUUUUAGAAUCUGUUGGGUUUUAUGUUGUAAUAUAUUGAUGUACAAAUUGGUAUUUCAUGAAGUGUUCAAAUUAAAAAAACUUUAACAAGGCAGGGAUGCGUAAAUAACAAAUGUGGGAAUAUGUGUAAAAUUUCUGUAAAUUGAUGAAGCACUAUCUGUAAAGACAUAUCGAUGAUUUAUUCUGACCUUGAAUGUUUCAUUUCAUGAAAUUUUUCUUCAUGUUGGCUAGUAUGGUUGUUCAUUAUGUAAAAUUCAGCACAAGUGUUUUUUAUUUCUUUAUUUAAAAGCAUUGUGUGAACUAAGCAUUGUCUACUUAUCAGUGCAUCAGCAUUAAAUGUUAGACAUCCAGAAUGAUAUUUUGCAUAUUAAUUACAAUCUCACAAAAAUGUUGCUUGGUCAUCUUUGGAAAUAGCAAUAAAACAUGUACUUUAAGUCAGCAGAAUUAAAAGUCUUCAAAAUUCA